CAUCCUGAACUGAGUUUACGUCUAUAAAUGAGCAAAGAAAUUAAAGUUCAACACUGCAGUGAAACAUCAAACACCAACUCCCUUCCUUUCUAGUGUGACAUUGACAUAUAGCAUAGUUGAAGCUUUUCCAAGGUGGAAAGAUGGAGGUGAAGCUAAUUGAAAAACUCAUCAUUGCAUCAGAGAAAUCCACAGAGCAAAGGCACAUUUUCUUAUCAAAGUUGGACCUCAGUGUUAUGUUAUAUCUAGAAUCUGUCUCCUUUGUUGAUCCUCCUGCGAAUAAUAUUAGCUUUUCUCAAAUUUGUAAUAAUAUGUGCGAAGCACUUAGUCGUUUGUUAGUUCCUUAUGACUUUGUUGCAGGGCGGCUUGUGCCAGCAAUAGAUGCGAAAGAACGAUUCGAAAUUGACUGUAAUGGUGCAGGUGUUGUCUUUGCUGCAGCCAGAACUGAGGCCAGUUUGAGCGAACUUGGUCAGCUUUUGAAACCCAAACCAGAGUACAAGAAGCUGCUUUGUUUCUUGCAUGACAAUGACAAAGAGAAAAUGGAACUAAAAAACAAGCCCCUUCUCCAUAUACAGUUGACGCAGUUUGCAUGUGGAAGCCUAGCAGUAGGUAUAAGAUACAAUCAUGCUAUCAUGGACGGAACUGCAUUCAGUGAGUUCAAGACAAAUUGGGCUGCCUUUAGUCGUGGUGAUGGCCUUGUCAUAGAGCCAAAACCUGAUCGAACAAUUUUCAGAGGAAGGGAUCCACCAAUAAUCAAUCACUUGCACCAAGAGUACUCAACAUCCUGUAACAACAACUUCCUCACUGCUUGGGACACAGAAGGCAUCGAUCACAAAGAUACUCCAUCACAAGGUCAAACUCACAUAAUCUAUCUGUCCCGACAAUACCUUGCCAGCUUAAAGAAGGCAGCCCUCGAGGAUGGAAGAAUGAAGAACUGCACCACUUUUCAAGUUGUAGCCGCAAAAAUGUGGAAGGCCUGGAGCAUUGCAGUGAAGAUGAAAGAUGAUAUUACUAGCACAUUAUUGUUUCCAACAAAUAUUCGAAAUAUUAUCAGGCCUAAAGCCCCAAAUGGCUUUGCUGGCAAUGCAGUACUCACCUGCUUUGCUCAAGCAAGAAUAAAUGAGCUUAAGGAGAAGGAUGACUCUUACCUUGUGACUAAAGUGCAAGAAGGGAUAUACAGAGUGGAUGAUGAUUAUGUGAGGUCUGUGAUAGAUUGGUUAACAGUUCACUGUGGAGGGUUGCCUUGCAUGGAAAAUAGCUUGAGACUGGUGCCAUGGUGGAGGUUGAGGCUAGAGGAAGAUGUGUUUGCGUGUGGAAAACUUAAAUGCACCACACCGAUUGUUGUCAAACCAGGUUUUGCAUUUCUGUUGCCAGACCUGCAAGGUGAGGGAGGUAUUAAUGUUUGCUUAGAACUUCCUGAUGCUGAAAUGGAGGAGUUCAGCAGACUAAUGAUGGAAUGGUGAGAUAGAUAUGAAUUUACAGUUUCAUUAUGUAAUUUGUUAGCUUUGCCAAAUAAAUCUCUCUGAAUGAGAGCAAAAAAUCAGACAGUUAAAAGAGAGCAAAUUUUAUCAGUUCAUGAUAAAAUAUAGUACUGUCAGAAAUAAUUUUAGGGGACACAUUUCUGGCCUGCAUUGAUGAUGGGAAAUUCUUCAUAUUGUAGAACUUAAUUGGUAAGAGAAUCAAUAUUCAUAAUUA